ACGACUGUCGAGUCCAAAACAGCAAAUUUCAGGAACAAAGUCAAUCUACAAAGCUAAAACAGAAUGAUGAUCUCGGUUACCGGUUACGCUACUAUUUUUUGUCUUCUGUUAAGUUUUCUAGCAGUGGCUGGAAUCCAGAACGCUCAAAAUGGUGGAUUCACAAGAGUAAUGUUUUUUAACCCUACAAAGAGUUUCAACAUUAUUGAUAGAGAACAGCCAAACAAACGCUCAGAGCAUGUCUCGAACUCUGGUUUCGGAAAAAGAGACACUUAUCAGUUUGAGUCGACAGAUCCAGAUGAGACUUUACUGCAGGAAGACUUAAAAAUGUAUCCUAAGCGAUUCAAUGCUGGCUUUAACAAGAAACCAAGGGGUCGUUAUGUUGGCCUUAACGAGAGACCAAAGGGUCAUUAUGUUUUUGGCCUUGACAAAAGAGAUGCCAUUAAUAAGUGUGAUCGUACCUCCUUAUUAGAUAAGUUGACAAAAAGAAUAAGGCAGUUUAAUUUUGGACUAGGCAAACGUCUUGAUUGCCGUUUUGCUUUUGGAUUGGGAAAGAGAGACCCACCAAAGCAUCCUGAAAAUGAUGAUCAUGAUUUUCUUGUAGACGCAUCUGGGCGAAUUUACCAUGAAUUUGUUCCUGGCUUAGACAAACGCUCAGAUAACCGUUUCGGAUUUGGUUGGGAUAAAAAAUUCCUGUUAAAUAAUUUCUCUAUAGACGAUUUUGCUUUAAAUCAGAAUAAAGAACAUUCUCGUGAGUUCGGAUUCGACCUAGACAAACUAUCAGAUAAUCGCUUCAAGUUUGGCUUAGAUAGGAAAUCAUUAUCGUAUGAUCCCAUUGUAGAUGAUACUUCUUCGAAACUGGUUAAGCCACACUUUCGCCUGUUUAAUUUUGGUUUGGGUAAACGAGCAGAAAACCGUUUCAGUUUUCCAAUGGCACCAGAAAGAGUCAAAAGACAGUCUCAUAAGCUCAGUUUUGAUCUUGAAAAACAACCAAAUAACCAGGUUGUCUUUGAUGUUGGUAAAAGGAACUCUUUAAAUCAAUUCAGCAACGCUUUCGGUCUGGAAAAAAGAAGGUCAGCCAUUUUGAGCUCGGGUUUAUCCUUUGGAUUGAACGAUUUCACGAAAAGUCGAUAUUACUUCGCACUACGAAAAAGAGGUGUUCAGUCUCGAACACAACAAAAAGAGAAUGGAAACGUUUCGUCAGAUGAUAGUUUUGCUUUCGGAGUGGGAAGAAUGGAUUCGUCAAAAGAAAUUCCAAAGAACUGAUAGCGAAACUCUAGUAUAACAGGAUUGUAUAGAAACAUCCGUUUACACGUGAGUCAUGUA